AGCCGAAAGCUUCUACCGCACUGGCCUGGAUAUCACUAAGGAAUCAUUUGAGCGAUUAUCAACAAAGUUGGUCUGAUAAUUUGAACCAAGAUGGCAGCCUACGCGUUGCCUCUGCCGGCUAGGUGUUUAUCACGAUAUCUAUUGAAAUGGUCAAGUUUAAUGAAAAACAGAAGUUGGUGUUGCAAGGUCUUUGUUGUUAGAGGUUGUGCAACAAGGGCUGAUGAUGCAUCAGUACCCACCAUUCCUGCCGCACAGAAAUCUAGCGUCCUUCUGGACUACUAUGACAGUAUGGUUGGGCACGGCUCACUUCGAGAGGACAGACACCAGAGAUCCGUCCUUCUUCAGUUAGACCAGUUACAGAGAGUUUUGAGGGCAUACGACAAUACUCAACUACUUAAGGUGAGAGACAGGGACAUUAUGGUAGGCCUAAAUCGACAAAGACAUGUUGAAGAUACAACUGGCACAGAGCACAAAACUGAAGACACAGAAGCCGAGCAGCUGCUGUCGAGGCCCAAGCCACCCAGGGGCCUCUACGUCCACGGCAAUGUAGGCACUGGGAAGACCAUGCUGAUGGACAUGUUUUACUCUCACGUUGAGAGCAGUCGGAAGAAGAGGGUCCACUUCAAUGCGUUCAUGCUGGACAUCCACAAAAGGAUCCAUCGGCUGAAACAGUCCCUGCCAAAACGGAGACUCGGCAAGAUGACCAUGUAUGACCCCAUUGCGCCAAUUGCCCUGGACAUCAGUCGGGAGACCUGCCUCUUGUGCUUUGAUGAGUUUCAGGUCACAGAUGUUGCGGAUGCCAUGAUCCUGAAGCAGCUCUUUGAGACUCUGUUUCGGACUGGUGUUGUGGUGGUGGCCACCUCCAACCGCCCUCCUGAUGAGCUGUAUAGAAAUGGUCUUCAGAGGGCUACCUUUGUGCCUUUCAUCCACAUGCUCAAGGAGCACUGCCAAACAACCUGCUUAGACUCGGGAAUGGACUACAGGAAGAGGGAGAUGCCUGCAGCAGGAGUACUGUACUACCUGACGACCGAACCUGGAGCGGAGAGGGCAGUGGAUCAUCUGUUCCAUGAGCUGGCCCAGGGACAAAAUGACUUUACCCGCCCGCGGGUCCUGACGGUUCUGGGAAGAAAGCUUCACCUGAGCAGAACGUGUGGCUCCAUCGCUGACUGCACUUUCCAGGAGCUGUGUGAUCAGCCUUUAGGUGCCAGUGACUACCUGGAGAUUUCCAGGGUGUUUGACACCGUCUUUAUCCGGAACAUUCCCAGACUCUCUCUGAGAAUGAAGGACCAAGCACGCCGCCUCACCACACUGAUAGACAACUUCUAUGACCAGAAGGUGAGGGUGGUGGUUCUUGCGGAAGCUCCUCUGGAGUCUCUCUUUGACCAAGGCCCUCUGGUCGGGGACGAGGAGAGAGAUCGCGUGCUACUGGAUGACCUGGGCCUUACACAGGAUGCCGGGGACCGUCUCUCCUUAUUCACGGGUGAAGAGGAGAUCUUUGCGUUUCAGAGGACCAUUUCAAGACUGACCGAAAUGCAGACAGAACAGUACUGGCUUCAAGGAGAUCGCAGACCUGACAAGAUGAAAUGAUCCGUUGAGUCGACCAUAACGUUCCCUCACACUACCUCUACUUCUUGCUGAAAUUAAACUCGGAAUUACGUGUGAAUGCAUGCAAAUCAGAGUCCAUGUAUUAAUAUUGUAGGAGGGACUUUAACUCCUUCUGACUAAAAUGGAUGAUCAUGGACAUCUCCUGCCUCAUUUUUACAUUGUACCCUUCAAAUAUUAGGAAUGCUGCCUUCAUACGAAGAUAAACAGCACCACCUUGUGGUUAACUGAAUGUGGUCAGUGUCAGUAACACCCCCUGGGCAAGUGUCACAGCCUUUUAAACUCUUUUUGUAGCCAGCCAAGAGUCUUUUCUUUCUUGUUUUGGGGAUUUUUUUCCUGUUCCAUACUGUUCUGUUUCUUUGACCUCUCCUAUUUGCUGCUAUAAUAAUCUAUAGGUAAAUCUAUAGCGUUUAAUGAUCCUUAAAGGCACAGUCAAUGAUUGUGCAGGAAGUUGUGUUUGUGUAUGUUUAGAUCUAAAUGUAUUACCAGAUGCUUUUGUCCAAAACAACAUACAUGAUAUUUUAAUAAAGGAUCAAACGAAACGUCAGUAUU